UCCAUACUAUGAAUCUAAUUUCCCUUAUUAGCACCAAAAAUAAUACAAUCAAAAUUCUGAAUAAUUUAAACUGAAUAUUUUUUUAUUAUAUUUUUUUUAUCUUCUUAUCGUCGUUUCUUCAUUCUUCUUCGCCCCUCCCCCCAUCUUCGCCGGAAAAAACCCAAAUUAUCUACCGGCGAGAAACCUUCACCACAGUUACCUUUAAACCCUUAAAAAUGGCAUCGUCAAUCCCCUACCUUCCAGUAACGCCGCCACUCAAUUCACACACAAACACUCCAAUACACAACCCCCUCAUCUUCUUCCCCAAUCCCACAAAUUCAAUCUCGUUAAAACCCAUCAAUCAAAACCCUCGUUUUUCUUCUUCCGUAAUUAGAAAAUCCUCUUCUAUCAGCGCCGGUGCUUCUGCGGCAUCCGCAUGCUCCACGUCGUACCCUUUUAUAGGUAAAGUCGGGCUGCAUAGACGAGAAGGCAACUUCAUAUUACUAUCCUACGGCACGAACCCUAAUACUGGAUCCGUGAUGGCCGUAAAAGCUGAUGUUUCGCAAAUUCUCUCGGCGAUGCUUCCCUUUGUGGUGGCGCUCACCGCAAUUGCCGCACUAACUCAACCGUUAACCUUCACCUGGGUGUCAAAGGAACUCUAUGCUCCUGCUCUUGGUGGAAUCAUGUUGUCAAUUGGCAUUAAGCUUUCAAUCGAAGAUUUCAAACUUGCGUUUAAGAGACCUUUACCAUUAUCUAUAGGGUUUCUUGCUCAAUACGUAUUGAAACCUGUUCUGGGAGCUCAGUUGUCCAGCUAUGCUAGCUUUUUAAGCAAAGGGGAUGUGGCUUUAAGCAUUCUCUUAACAAGUUCAAGUACUAUGGCCUCUGUUCUUGUUACCCCUCUUUUAACUGGUCUUCUCAUCGGAUCAGUUGUCCCAGUGGACGCUAUUGCAAUGUCCAAAUCAAUCUUGCAGGUUGUUCUUCUUCCAGUUACACUUGGUUUAGUACUCAACACAUACGCAAAACCAGUUGUAUCUAUCGUUCAACCUGCGAUGCCAUUUGUUGCUAUGUUUUGUACUUCCAUUUGUAUUGGAAGCCCUCUGGCUAUUAACCAGAGCCAAAUUCUUUCUGCAGAAGGUCUCAAGUUGAUUUGGCCUGUUUUGACAUUUCACACUGCCGCAUUUACCUUCGGUUAUUGGAUUUCCAAACUUCCCUUUUGUAGGCAAGAGGAAGAUGUAAGCAGAACAAUAUCACUUUGCACGGGAAUGCAAAGCUCCACACUGGCGGGGCUUCUUGCUACGCAAUUCUUGGGGAGCACCCAAGCGGUCCCGCCAGCGUGUUCGGUUGUUGCAAUGGCAAUAAUGGGACUCUGUCUGGCGUCCUUUUGGGGAAGUGGUUAUCGAAUCAGAGACUUACUGUAUUAUGUCAUCCCACAAACGGAUUCGAGUGUCAACCCAUGAAUGAUUAAAUGUGAUUUUUAAAUUUGAGUAACUUUUUUAGUGCGUCAAUGGGAAGAGCUAAACACGGGGAGGAUAGUGUCCCCUUUAUAUGGUCCAGAUAGUAAGUAAUUACAUGAUAGAAAUUAGUUCAACGUAUGACUCGUUUAUAAGUAAAUGUUGCCAAGGAUGUGACACGAUUUAUUUAACUGUAGCUGUGUAUAAUAAUAGUAAUUAUGUCUUACUUAUGACAAUAGUUCAAGAUUUAUUAUAUUUUACUUUCCUAGUUAUCAUUUUAUCAAAUGUUGGUAUAAAAAUGACACUAAUCAUUUUAUCAUCAUUUUUUAUUUUUUUAAAAAGUAUUGGUC